GUGGGCAGGCAAAACAAGCCACAUGCAUAAGGAGGGAGCCAGAGGCACAGAGAGGGAGUGUGUGUGAUCGUGCAUGUAUGUAUGAAAACACUGCGCAUGUGUGACUGUGAGGCGCACUGACUGGAGGAGGAGAAGAAAAGGAGUAAUGAACGGCAGCUGAGCCGAGAGGAGAGAUAACAGCGGAGGAGAGGGAAGGAGCGAGACGAGAGAUUUACCUGAAGACCAGAAGAAAGAGACGGGCAGAGAGACAGGAGGGAAGAGAAGAGGGACGUGCAUGCAGAGAAAAAGCGGCGCAGAAGCUCAGGUCGCUGCCCAGAAUAAGCUGAAUACAUUUGGGCUUGGGGGAGAGGGAUGGAGAAAGAGAGACCGGAGGGAGACGCUCAGCCACAGCUCGGCGGAAAAGAAUCACGGGUGGGAGAGUGAAGGACAAAGGUACCACGGAGGAGAGGAGAAGGGGAACGAGGGAUGCGGAGCUCAACGACACCAAGCCUGGACAUGACGCAUCCACCUUGUAACAGCUUCCUCCAUCUUACAUCCCCUCCAUGUUUGCCUCCCUCCACUGCUGCCACUCGUUGUUCAUCCUUCUAGAAUCGUAUGGACAGGAGAGAGAGCAUCCUUCCCCCUGGUGAGACAUCCCACUGAACAAAAAGACUGAGCGGUUUAUCCUCUCAAUACAACAUCAACAAUAUCGACAGCAAGAACUGGAACAGGAAUCGAGGAGGCAAGGAAAGGACUGGAACAAGACAAGUGCGUAGGCAGACAGGUAGAUGGACCAAAGGAAACGUUACGAGUCACUGAAAAAAAGUGGAGACAAGCACAGAGGCAUCCCUCAGACUGUUAUCACUUCUUCUGCUCAGCUGGGAGGACUGUCUGAACGUUAAACCCUUCACUCCCACCUCUGAGGAAUUCAGGAGCCUUGGAGCUUGAAGGAGUCAUUCCAUCAGCUUUCCAGAGCAUUAUGGGACAACCCUGUUUGUUAUCAAUAAGCCACUGAGAGGGUCACACAGGGUCACCUGACCAAACAGGACCAAGAGCAGAGAGAAAGACUGGAGGUUGUUCUUUCUUUCUCACGCACUCGAGUCGAUGUGUAACACCUCCACAGCCAAAAAAACAGGAAGUUAAGCUAAGUGAGAACCAUGUGUAAAGGCUAGUUUGAGAAGACAAGAGUUUCCUUGGCAGGCCACAGGAUAUAGUUUAAGACAAUACCUUUUGGACCUUUCUGAACUGCCUGAACUCAAUCCCCCCCCCCCCUCAUAGUGUGAAUGCAGAAAUCCACCAACCUGUACUGUAUGUAUAUAUGUGAGCAUCUGUGUGCAUAUGAGAUUGUUUAUCAGUGUCAUCCCUGAGUGAGAACAUAUCUUUGUGCUAAAGUACUAACUGUCCUUGUAUGUGAAUAUACAUUUCUGCAAAUAACCAUCAGAGACAGCACAGGAACAUCAGCAGCAACAAAAAAAACUACCUUUAAGUAGUCAGCACUGGUCAGACACUGUAAGCUGGACUGUUAAAUUAUCCAUACAUAUCAACAGAAUAAGAGCUGCAGAGUGCGGUGCUCUGGCUGAGCUCUUCCAUCUGUCUUCCCUUCACAAAGAUACAGGCUGACAGUAGCGCCCGCCAAGUGGGAUCUCUGAGGGAAACAUGGAGGCAACCAUCCGUCCCCAUGUCCCCUCGAAUGGCUGACUCCAGAGAAAGAGCCUAAUCUUUUCCCCCUUGCCCAGAACCAGGCAGGGGUGUCCAGCCGUGAUUGGAGCCACAGCCCCUCUCUCUUCCACCUCCAGAAACGUGCGAAUGUCCUGCCUCAGGCGCCAGCCUGUCACCAUCCCCAUGGACACCGUCAAGAUCAUCCAGUCGGAGAAGUUCCCCCGAGAGUGCCCUGUUCCCGUCACCCAGCCUCGCUAUGCCCCGCCCCCCAGAGUGGCAUGGGACGGCGGAGGUGAAGGCGAAAUCAUCGUCAACCAGGCCUGCAGCGACCUGACCCUGGACAUUACAGGGUCUCCCCGGCAGAUGGUUUCCCCCUCAGCCCCCGUGACGCGCCGGGAGCAGAGCUUCCUGGCGCAGCGCAAAACCAGUGCCAACGAAAUCUGCUACCACCAGUUCCACUACAAGAUGGAAGACGUCAUAGUCAACCAGUACGUGCUGCGCUCCUCCUCCACCACCUCCUCCACCUCCUCCUCCUCCUCCUCGGGACCCGUCAUGCCCUGCGAGCCCCUGGACUGCCCCACCUGCGGUCACACCUACAACUUUGCAGGCAAGCGGCCGCGCAUCCUCUCCUGCCUGCACUCGGUGUGUGAGGAGUGCCUGCAGAUCCUCUACGAGUCCUGUCCCAAGUACAAGUUCAUCUCGUGUCCCACGUGCAGGCGCGAGACAGUGCUGUUCACUGACUAUGGCCUGGCUGCUCUGGCCAUCAACACCAGCAUCCUGAGCCGCUUGCCCUCUGACCCCAACGGGCCCGUGCAGUGGGGCGGGGACGCCGACCGCAGCUGCUACCAGACUGUGCGCCAAUACUGCCAGUCGGCCUGCACCUGCCAGAUCGCCAACCCCUUGUCCUCCUGUGGAAUCAUGUAGACAAGGGAGGACAAUGCAGGCACGACUGCACCCGACCCCCCCUCACCACCACUCUUUUCGUCUAUAAGCUCUACCCUUUCUGCCAACCCCCUCUCUCACACACACAUACAGUAAAUAAAUCCCUCCACAGAUGUUAUCUCUAUAUAUUUACUAGCACAGAUGGAUGCUAUGUGGGACUAAUGGAUGCCGAUGGUUCAACAAAUAGUAAAUAAAUGUAUUUUAUGUAUGGACUGGAAUCCUAUUCACCCUCUCUCGUUUGGUUGGACGUGUUUGUCAUUGACAUCUCUUUACAUGGGAAUGCCAGGGGAGGUCUAUCCCCCCCAACCUAGGUGAAUAAAGAUAUAAUAAAUGAUAAAAGUAA